GUAUGAGGAAGAGCAGGUACGCAACACUUACACUGCACACCUGUUCGUCUGGUAUUUCAGCAUGUUGCCUGUCAGGGUCACAGGUAGUGUCAUGUUUUUUAUUGCCUGGCAGUGUGUGGUCAGCAGGUUAGGAUGUUCCGCCCGACGCCUGCGAUUAGAUGGUCAUCAGCUGAAGGUCCAGAGUGCAGUCAGCAUUGCACCCCUGGCCAAGGUCCAUAACUCUAAAAAGGGACUUUUUCAGGGACUGGCUGACACUGUGGUGUGUUGCGUUGCAUGAACCCAUCUGUUGAAUAGGUCUUGGUUUAACCCUGGAUCAUUUACUAAACCUUGACAGGGAAACCCCUUCAACAAUGCAGGUGUAGCCUUCCUAUACACGAUAAAAGUUACGUCCCGUUUUACUUUCGUGUUGUCACGUUACGCCACUGACGCAAUAAUGGGAAGUGAUAUGUGAUACGUCCUAUUGUGAGCAGGAGUGCAGCCGUUCGAUCGUUCACCACUGCAUGGAAAUUCUUAACCUUUACUUACAGUGACCGCUGCCCAGGCUAGAAGCGAGCCAAGUCGGUUCUUUGUGGAUGCAACCCUGUUUAAGGUGGGCAGCGUUUGUUAUGUUGUCUGCAGAGCUGUGACGAAAUUCUGCCAGCACAGGGAAUUGCAGCCACGAGGAUUACAGAGGGUGGUAUUGUGCUGUGCGGUUGCCAUGGAGCUGCCUGUGCUAAUGAUGGCUGUAGCUUGUCAUAGGGUUUGCCUCACUGAUCGCGUGAGGUGCCUGAAUGACGGGACGGAGGCCAAGAAGGCAGAAGAUACACAUUUAAGUAGGUUUGGGUUUAUUUUUUUUAUUUCCCUCUUUCUCCAUGAUUAUACCAGCUUUGGCAGCCGGCUGAUUGAAGACGGACCAGUUUUCCAGGUGUCUUAAAUACCUGGAAUGGAGGCAGGGAAUAAAAGAACAAAUGCUUUGCGACAUGCGGUUUAGGCAUUGUGACAAAGGCCCCCUUGUUCCCAGCAAUGCAAACCAAUCCAGGUCUCCCCAGCCGGGCCUGUCCAGGUGAGACCUGACACCCCAGCCACCUGACACUAAAGCUGACCACCCCGGGAUCCUUUUAAAACCUUUGUCAGAUUACUAAGAGUAAAACAAUUAUGAAUUUGGAAAUCUGUCAUUUCUUCUCGCUUAGCAUGUAGUAAGAUGUUAUUAAUAGCAUGCUAAUCAUAGCUUGCGCUUAAGUGGGUGAACUUUAUAACAUUCCCUUAGAUAUUCGGGUAUUUAGUCCAUUAGAUGCCCCUAUGAUAAUCUCCUUUUCCAGAAUCCAUUAACAAUUCAUUAAGAAAAUUAAUUUGUAAUUUGCUACCACACUGCCAAAUAAUCGGACGACUCCACCUCAUUCUAUGCACUUGAGAGCAAAAAUUUUUAUGUUAUUUAAAAAAUGAUUUUUUAAAUGUAUGUGUAGGAUUCAUGUGCAAUGCACAGGAGGUGAAAAACAGCCUCUGCUCUCUGAAGGAUGAAGGAAGCAGAGAUCCCUUAAGGGUCCGGUGAUUCUUUUUUUCUAAAUCUGGUAAUGGGAGAGGCCAUGGAAAGGGGUGAACUUUGCCGUGAUGCACAUGAAUCCUCCUGAUUUUGUUUGCCAGUGUGUUUUUGGGAGUAUGUGGACAUGGUCGGGGAACUGUGCUUGACAGCCACUUCCUUACCUCCUUACAGUGUUUUUCUUUACCUUGGCAUAUGCUAAGAUUUAGAAGACUGUCCAUCUUAGGAAUUUAUCCAGUCUGAUAAAGAUGGUCCUCCAAAGUUUAUCCCAAUAGACAUACACAACAGGCACUAAGGGCAAAUCUGAAGACAUCAUCCAGCCAGAAGAGCGUCACGCAAACAGAGCUGUCACGGAGGCGGAGAAGCAGGAGCGGUUUACACCAUGAAGGAGCAGCUGGUGAGCGCCAUCCAGCUGCAAGAGGUGGAUCUGCAGGAUGGGAGCCGCAAUCGCAAAACGGAGGAGGUUAAAGAGAGGAAGACUUACACUGUGGAGGAAGCGGUAGAGACCAUCGGCUUCGGUCCGUUUCACAUCAUGCUGUUUGUGAUAAUGGGCAGCGCCAACAUUGUGGAGGCCAUGGAGAUCAUGCUUCUCGCUGUGGUGUCUCCAGAGAUCCGGUGUGAGUGGCACCUCCAGGACUGGCAGGUGGCCCUGGUGUCUACGAUGGUCUUCCUUGGCUACAUGGUGUGUGGAGUCCUCAGUGGAUACGUGGCUGACAGAUACGGCCGCUGGAAGGUUGUGAUUGGUGGCUUUGUCUGGUCGUCCUACUUCUCUCUGCUGACCUCUUUUGCGCCAUCCUAUGGCUGGUUCGUCUUCCUGCGCAGCAUGGUCGGCUGUGGCGUGGCGGGGACCUCGCAAGGGUUUGUCCUAAAAACAGAGUUCAUCCCAGCUAAGUACAGGGCAUACUUACUGCCACUGUCUACGAUCUUCUGGAUGGUGGGUUCCAUGCUCAUCAUCAUCCUGGGCAUGACGGUGGUCCCCAGCAUGGGCUGGCGCUGGAUGAUCCGGUUCUCCAUACUUCCCAGCGUCAUCCUUAUUGGGCUCUUCAUGUUCAUCCCCGAAUCCGCCCGCUUCAACGUGUCCGCGGGGAACAUUCAGGGCGCCAUGGCUACGCUGCAGCGCAUCGCUCGGAUGAACAAAGCUUCGCUGCCAGAAGGGGACUUGAUGGAACCAGUCGAGUCUGAGAGAGGAAAUUGCUACAUCCUUGUGAGUCGUGCAUUCAGGAGGACGUCCCUGAUCCUGUGGUUUUCCUGGUUCGUGGCCUCCUUCUCCUACUAUGGCUCCGUCCUGAGCAGUUCGGAGCUACUGGAGAAGAACCUGCUGUGCACCACCGACGCAGACGAGAAGCACAGCAUCAAGCAUGUGGAGGAUGAGUCGCUGUGUUACUGCAUCCCGUUUGCGAUGGAGGACUACCAGACUCUGCUGAUCAGCUCCCUGGGAGAGGUGGCGCUUAUACCCCUGAACAUUGGCUUGCUGAACGUGGUCGGUCGGAAAUAUAGCAUGGUCAUCAUACAGCUGGCUUCUGUGGUCUUCUUCAUGCUGGUCAACAUCUGCACCACGAUGCUUGGGUUCACAAUGCUGCUCUUCCUGCUGAGGUCCCUGGUCACCAUGAACUUCAAUGUUGUUUACAUAUAUACCGCUGAGGUAUAUCCCACAGUGGUACGCUCCAUAGGGAUGGGCUUCUGCACCUCCUUCAGCCGGAUCGGAGGCAUGAUCGCACCAUUCAUUGCCCAGGUGCUGAUGUCGAAGUCUGUCGUGCUGGCAUUGACGCCCUUCGCUGUGGCCUGCUUCCUGUGUGCACUGGGAACUGCCCUGCUGCCCAUCGAGACCCGCGGACGAGCCUUACUGCAAAAUUCAACAUGAUUUGUACUCAUCACGGGUGGAGACAUUGUGGCUUGGUAAUAAAGCACAUGCCCUUGGCCUGUGAUUAAAUACUUUUUUUGUUUUAUUACAGAAGUCUGUUCUCUAAUCAAAUGAAGGUUUUGCCAGAAAAUGUACAAAUUUAAGAUUAACUUUAUUGAAACUUGAAAAACAUAAUACCUGUACCUCAUACAGAAUGAGAGUUUUGGAGGAUGGAUGGAUGGAUGGAUGGAUGGAUGGAUGGAAAACCAUAAUCUACUAGAGUAGGGUGGUCCAAAAUGUUUGACUUCCAAAAUGUCACCUCCCACCUGAUUGUUUUGAUCUACCACCAGAAUCAACAAUGUGGGGGAAAAUACAUCAAAAUGACUUUUGAAUGAAUAUUGAGGGUAUGCUCAAUGCAAGCAAAGUUUCUCACGUAUUUUAGAUAUGGAUAUAUAUGAGAUAUUUAGUAAGCUAUUGCAGACAACAAAAACAAUGCAAUUACAAUAAGUAAUUUUUGAGGUUAAAGUAGGUAAAAUUAAAAACUAGCACUUAUUAGCUUUUCAUAAGUAAAAGUUGCAUGGUAAUAAAAGAACAUUAAGUGAUACUAAUGUGGUCAUAUUUUACAUUAUUGAAAACAUUUAUUGAAAUUACUUCAGGAUUUAGUGAAUACAUACAACAGUGUUGAUUGAUCGCCUGCCAGCCCAAAUAAGGCAGUAAAUUUGUAUAAUUCACAUGUGUUUUCGUUUCGCUUGAAUCGAGCAUACCCCAAAUAUCAACUUAUCAUAAAUGACACUUUUACAUUUCUCUAAUGGUUGUAUCAAAUGGCGGGUGGGAGGAAAGGAAAUUCGGGUUUUUUAUGCAUUUUUGGAACACAGAGUUACAUAAUUGCAACAUUUAUUUAAUAGAGCUAUAAAAUGUUUAAUAUUGUUCAUUUUAUAUUUUUGUUUACCACAUGAUUACUUUAUAUGGCUUGAAACUAGAUUCAUUCAGAAAAAAAUGUCAUGGUUAUAAUAGGAUGGUUGUUUUAACACUGGAAAAACAGGCCGUUCUACACUCAAGCUGCAGUAAAAAUAUCCUUCCGCUAGAUGGCCAAGGGGGGGCGACGCCUCGUCCCGUUCUGUAGUUACGGCCUCGUGUGCCAUGCAGAUUACGAAGCAGUGGAGGAGGUGUGUCACGUUAGAGAGCCUCAGACUCGCCUGAGGGCAGCAGUGAAUGGGGGACUUUCGGGGACGAGUCACCAACUGGUGCGUAAGUCUUUAUUUAUCUACAGGCACUGUGACGUCACGAACCACUCGAAGCUUGUUCAGGCGAUCACUUAUUGUGCCAUCAUGCAAAAUCGGUUCUGCUAGCCUCUGCAGUCUCGUGUUCAGUGUAACAUGACAAGAGGAUGACGGUAACAGAAACAUGCUGGAGAAUGUGUCUGGGGAGUAUUUUGACACAACAAUAGUUCCUUUUACCGAAUUCUUGAACGUAGGACUUACAGGAAUGUUCUGCGCUCCACUAAUAACAGUGUUUGUUUUUUUUAGACGCUUACAUCAUACAAUGAAAUUUACAUUAAGAACAAAGUUUACCUCCAUGUGAGGUGUGUAUUUUACAGAAUUUUACACCCCCUCAGUUGGAUGAAAAAUUUGUAAUAUUUUCUAAUGGGUACUUUAAAAACUUGUAUAGUUCUGAUGAUCAUUUAUUCUGAUGCUUGUGAGAAUGUCUCUGGGCACUAAGCAGUGGAGACACAGACCUGUAAAGUUCAGUAAUAUUUGUUUUUGUACAUGUAAUACUACAGAGUGCAGUAUAACUGUUAAUAAAGUCUGUUGCAAAUUUCA